GGAAGAUAGCGACGAUAGCGAGUGUAUCGACCACGCGGGAGCAGAGUUGGUAUCAUCGAAAGAACGUUUGCUCGGUGCCUAAUCGACGCGGCGAGUAUUUUUCCGUGGAGCGAAGAGGGGCGACCCGAUCAACUACUGAUGAUCGCGGCCCGAACGUGCGUGUGCGCGCGCACCAAGUGACUCGCCAGUGCUCGAUCGAGGCGAAGAAGAGUAACGCCGGUGUCGAUACACACCGCGGAUUACGUUGAGCGAACGGUGAAAUGGAAGAGGCGGCGACAUAAUCGAUCGAGAUAUGGAAUAAUCAACGCGGUGCCGCUCAACUUUUGCGCGCCACUUUCGUCGAAUUCGUCCGACGAGCUCGUACGCGGGAAGAAAAAAAUAAAAAAAAAAAAUUGGAACACGAUGAAUCGUGAAAAAGCGAAAAGAAAGGGGAUCGAUGGCGGCUGGGGGUGGUUAGUGUGUUUCGGAAGCAGCCUUAUCUCGCUCUCUUUGAGAUCCUUGGAUCCCUCGUUCGGCCUUCUUUUUCACGAUCUCUUUUUAGAGCUCGAUAUAGAUUCAAUGAAAGCAUCUUUGAUAAUGAGCAUCCUCGACGCUAUCGUCAAUUUUUCCGGCCUUUUGGUAGGACCUUUAUUGAAGAAGUAUUCUUAUCGACAAGUAUCUUUCUUUGGAUCUCUUUUAAGUUGUAGCGGACUGAUAUUGACAUCGAGGGCAAAUAGCAUGAUUCAUAUCGUUUGCACUUAUAGUAUUUUAGGAGGAUUGGGAACUGGAUUGGCGAUCGCAGCAUCUUUCGUAGCAUUGAACACAUUUUUUGACAAAAAGAGAGGACAAGCCGUAGGAUUUUCUAUGGCAGGCACAACAUUGGCCAUGAUGGUGGUGCCUCAGAAUGAUUUCAGAAUAGUUGAUACAUCUUCUUUUGGAUGCUUACGGGUUUCGUGGCGCGAUGUUAAUCGUUGGAGGAUGGGCAUUGCACUCUGCUGUAGGCGCUUGUUUAUUACGUCCGUUUCGAGUCGAAAGUUCAAAACCCCUUGGGAAGAGAAUGACACGUUGUUACGGUUAAAUGAUGCCGAAACGACGAAAAAGGUCGAGUACGGUACGAAUGAUUGCGAAAAUAAUACCACGACGUACGAGGAGAUAAAGCAACACGGCAAAGAAAACGAAUUGUUACGAAAAAUAAAGGAAACUUUCGAUUUGGAUUUAUUCAAGGAUGGUGUCUAUUUAAACAUCAUCGUCGGACUGAGUUUAUAUUAUGUAGCCGAGUCCAACUUCAAACUGAUGACGCCGUUUUUUUUGUCCAGUAUAGGAAUGAGCAAAGCCGAGAUCGCUUCCUGUUUAUCGAUAACUGCGUUCACCGACAUUCUUGCCCGACUUACACUCCCAACCAUAUUCGAUAGAUUAAGAUUGAAAAAGAGGAUCGUGUUCUGGACGUUUUCCAUACUGGUUGGGAUUGGGCGAUCGAUAAUGGUAAUGCAAUCGAAAGGGACAUCUUUGAUAGUGAUAUUCGUGAUAAUAGGAUUUUUACGAGGCGCAACUUUGGUGAAUUUAAAUCUCACCGUAUCCGAAUACUGUUCCUUGAGCAAAUUGCCGAGUGCCUUUGGGAUGUUUAUGGUGUUUAAAGGUUUAUUCGUCAUAAUGUUGAGUCCGUUGAUCGGAUACAUCAGAGAUGCCAGUAAAAGUUAUGCAAUUUGUAUACACGUGAUGACAUUAAUAAUAUCUGCCAUGUUUGUUACAUGGAGUAUCGAGUUUAUAUGCAAGAUAUUUAGAAAAGGGAAAUCCGAUUUAAAUAAAAAAACGCAAGAUGUAUCGAUGGAAUGAAUGUUUAAAUUUUAUCAAAAUCGAUAUACUAUCGAUAUCUAACAUUAGUUAUGUACAUUUUCGCUUCAAGAAUAUAAUUUAUUUCAAUUCUCUCGAAGUUCGUAAUUUUCUUCCAGAUAUUACGAUGUCCAUCUUGGAUUAUAUAAUGUUAUAAUAUACAAUAUUUUUAGACAAAGAUGCGUACCUGACACUUUAUCAUACCUUACUAUUUAUACGAAUUUGUAAUACAAUUUGUAUAAUUUGUAUGAUCUUGUUUAAAAUCAAAUUCUAUUUCGUGAUACAUGUAGAAUAUUCAAUUAUUAAUCUUCUAUUUUAUAUAAAUGAAUGCAAAUAAAAAAAAAAAAGAAGCGUGAGUUCAUAAAA